ACAGAUAUAAGGAGCCUCCACUUGCCUCCGCGUCUUGACACCCCGCUGGUAUUUGCUCGGAGCCCAGAGGAGACGCUAUGGGGGCCGCGGUGCUGGGGAUGCUGGCGGCGCUGGUGUGUGUCCUGGCGGCUGGUGCCGAUGUCGCUCCCGUUAAAGACUUCAACCUGGGGAAGAUGACGGGCAAGUGGUACAUCGUUGGCUUUGCGACCAACGCUCAGUGGUUUGCAGAGCACAAGGCAGAGAUGAAGGUGGGCACUGCCGUUUUAGUGGCAACCGCUGAAGGAGACGUGGAGCUCUCCUAUGCAAACUUGAAAGAUAACGGUGCCUGCUGGAGAAUGACGCACUAUGCCAACAAGACCGACACUCCUGGACGCUUCGUUUUCCACAGCCGCAUUUGGAACAAUGACAAUGACAUGCGCAUCGUUGACGUCGUGUACGACGACUACGCUCUGGUCCACACCAUCAAGACAAAGGACGGAGUGUCCGAGGUUCUCAACAAGCUUUAUAGUCGUAGUCAAGAGGCCAGUGUUGCUCUGCAGCGGAGGUUCACGCGCUUCUCCCUGGACAGCGGCGUUCUGCCAGAAAACAUCGCGAUACUGCAGAAAAACAGUGAGUGUCCCGAGGAGUCGCUGUGAAGUCUGCGUCAUCACGAACAAUGAGGCUCAAACUUACUCCCAUCUGCACCCGGUAGCAGUUAAUAGUUAAACAAAAGAGCAGUUAAUUAAGAGCACAUUCUCUCUAGCUUCAGCUGUGUAAUAAAGCCAAUAAAGCACUGCCAGUGACAUAAGAGAAAGAAAAAUAAAGAUUACAACCUGUAUUGUUAUGUUGUUAUGACGACAAGGCAGCAGGAUUCAUUGUGUUACAGCAGGUGCAGCAGCAGCCAACUGCAGCAUAUAACUGUUCUACAACAAAGAAAUUGAAGUGAAAAUUUAAUUGAAUUGUUGCUUUUCUACCACAAGGGGGCAGCACGUGACAUGUUUCAAACGUCAUUAAAAUUCAAUGAAUUCAACAAACAGUAUAUCAGUAGCUCACUCAGUUUACUAAUGAGAUAUCGUCAAAACAUCUGUUUAGUAAAAGGCAAGACCAAACAUAAUGUUCAUACUGAUGACUGGCUGUGAAAAUCAAUAACCAAAUGCACAUUAGUCAGUUUAAUUUUCUCUCUCAUCUGAGCAAUAGUCUCCAUCUGUUCUCAAUCAUAUAUUCAUGGAUAACCACGUGCAGGUCUCUUUAGUUGCCUCUUGACUUUUAAAAGAUAAAGGACUAUGUAUAAUUCAUUAUUAAAGAUGCCUUUGAGCUUUGAUUUCGGCACGAGACCAAUUUGCAAUUUUUACUGAAGAUUCUUUGUCAGAAUUUAUUCAUCAUUCAGGAAUAUUUUCACUUAUUACAGAGAUGGCAUUAAACACAUCUCUCCCAUAAAUCUUUAAUUUAAAGGUUUAAUAAAGCUCUCAUAACUUCAA